AUGUCCAGAUCGGGUGAUAGAACAUCCACCUUUGACCCCACACACAGUGACACCCUGCUGCACGGGCUCAACCUGCUAUGGAGGAAACAGCUUUUCUGUGAUGUGACUCUCACUGCCCAAGGACAGCAGUUCUACUGCCACAAAGCGGUGCUGGCGUCCUGCUCUCAGUAUUUCAGGUGUCUCUUUUCCAGCAGUCAUAUGCUCAACAACGAGGGGACCAACAACAACAAGGACCAGGGGAGCAGUGGUACACCAUCUUCCUCCCCCGAUGACAAGCUGAUGGCCAGCACCCGGUCCAUCAACAACCUGGUCCUCCAGGGCUGCUCCUCCAUCGGACUACGGCUAGUGCUUGAGUACUUGUACACUGCCAACGUCACUCUCUCCCUGGACACUGUGGAAGAGGUGCUGUCGGUCAGCAAGAUCCUUAAUGUCCCCCAGAUCACCAAGCUCAGCGUGCAGUUCCUCAACGACCAGAUCUCCGUGCAGAACUACAAGCAGAUCUGCAAGAUCGCGGCGCUGCAUGGCUUGGACGAGACCAAGAAGCUGGCCAACAAGUACCUGGUGGAGGAUGUGCUGCUGCUGAACUUUGAGGAGAUGUGCGCCAUGCUGGACGCUCUGCCGCCCCCGGUGGAGUCGGAGCUGGCCCUCUUCCAGAUGUCGGUGCUGUGGCUAGAGCAUGACCGGGAGACUCGCAUGCACUACGCCCCGGACCUGAUGAAGAGGCUGCGCUUCGCCCUCAUCCCGGCCCCGGAGCUGGUGGAGAGGGUGCAGUCGGUUGACUUCAUGAGGAGUGACCCAGUGUGCCAGAAGCUGCUGAUGGAUGCCAUGAACUACCACCUGAUGCCCUUCAGACAGCACUGCAGGCAGACCACAGCCAGCAAGUGAGGAUGUACACACACACAUGCAUGCACGAACAUAUGUAUUCACACACACACACACACACACACACACACACACACAGAGGUUAGUAAAGGUACUACUUUGUACACUUGGAUAAGGUUAGGGUUAGUGAGGAUGCUUUAGAAUGGUCUACUCUAACUUAUUUUCUAUACCAUCUCACACUAGAACUUUGUUAACUCUCUGUAAAGUUUUUUAAGUGGUGAAAAGAUAGACAUAACUUAAAUCAAUAGGAAGAUAAUUGAACAGUACAUUCAGGCAUUUCUUCUGAAAUACGAGUUAUCACAUUAUUCCCAAAAAUAUUUAGGUCAAUUAUAAUUAAACAUAGGCACACUUGUAAAACAUAUUACAUAAGAGCACAUGAAAACUUCUAUUGACAUAAUCUGGGUAGAUAUGACCUAUAACCUAUAUAUACAUAACCUAUAUAUUUUUGAAUAGCUUGACAAGAGCAAGAAAAUAACUCAUGGAUUACAGAGUUAUAGGUCUGGGUGAUCCAUACCGAGAAUGGCUGCUUUGUCUGCCUUACCUACAGUACACAACCAUGGCUUGUCAUGGUGUGUUCAUCAUGAUCAGCAUUUUCAGAGACAGUUAAUGGACAGGAGUUGACAGGAAGAUGAUUGAUUGGUUGUGCUUGAAGCUGCUGAUGUUUACAGCAAACACCUUCGUUAAAAACCUCCUCAGAAACAUUUUUCAGUUUGUAUCAUGAGUCUCUGAAAUAUUAUGGAGCAAUUUUGACUUUUACAUUUUUUGAACAUUAUCUUCUUCAUUCAGAAACAGUAGGCUUUAUGAUUGGAAAACUAAUCUCACAGUAUUGUAGAAAAUAUAAAUAAACAAUUAUCUUGCUCUUGUGGUGUAUAAUGUAUUUACCAGGGUAAUUUAUGGCAUGGUUAAUUUCACUAUUUAUUUCUCACAAUAUCUUUAUGGAGCACACUACUGUUUCCCUAUCUAGUGGAAAUCCAAUAAAAAGUUAUAAGCAAUGGAGAGGACCUGCAUGUACUGUAGCAUGUUGCCAUGCCUAGUAGAGUCUCCUUAGUGAGAUGUCCAUAAAUGGGUCCAAAUGCAGCACGGAUCUAGGAUCUAAACUUCUCAUAUUAAUAUCACAUGCCACUGUUUCUCUCCCCUCAAUUAAUCAGCAUUAUCUAUAUCCAGUGGUCAUUUGCAUAUGAGAAUAAGCCCAAAAACACGAGUGAGCCAGUAUCCAAAUGUAUGCACUGAGACGGUGGUCAUUUAGUCAUAAAAAAUAACAAUACAAAUGUCUGGAAUUAAUGGCCAAUGUUGUUAAAACGACUGUUACUUUGUGGGUGGUUGUUUAAUUGCAUUGAACUUCAUUCGAAACAAGAUGACUGGACUCAAUGUACAGUAAAGUAUGUGGCUCGGCUAUUUCACAAACAAACCCCCAGAACUCAAGAAUAUGUUGCACAAUUGGUUCAGAACUGCCACAUGGAGAGUCUUGACCAGUGGAAUAGCAAUAUUGAUCUACUCUACUGUACAUUGCCCAGUCAUAUUUGCGUCACUGUAUGUCACCCUGUAGAAAUGUUCUGAUGACUUCACACCUAAUUUAACAGAUAUAUUUAGGGUGUAAACCCCCUUUGGACAGAAAGCAUAUGAAAAACAAGUGGGUAAAUUUUUUCACAUCAAUUCAGAGAACAAACAGUUAUGAAAUUACAAAGCCCAGUUACUCUGUUAUUACCAUGUUAUUAAAUAUAUAUAAUGUUCAAGUUAAUACACAAUGUUGUUAAGCUGUUACUACUAUGAUCUACAUAGCUCAUAUAGUGUUGGCCAAUAAGGAAGUUUCUACAUGAUGGGGAAGAUAAUUUUCUUAUCUUUCAUAUAGGAUAUGCUACAAUUCAAUGACUUCCAACACAAUGAAGUUGUAGUGAUUAGUUGCAGUUGGCUUAAUACUAUAAUGAAAAAGCUUCUAUUUUUGUUUGAUGUUGGUGGAUGUUUUAUUUAAUCUAUAUCAGUUAUGUAAUCUUUGUGUUUCCUAUCUCUUGUCCCCACACCUCAACCCCCCUCCACCCCAACCCCAUCCAAACCUCAACCCCCCUCCACCCCAACCCCAUCCAAACCUCAACCCCCCUCCCCCCAACCCCAUCCAAACCUCAACCCCUCCACACCCACUUUCCUCCAGGAUUCGUUCCAAUAAGAGGAUGCUGUUGCUGGUGGGUGGCUUGCCCCCUGGACCCGAUCGACUCCCCAGUAAUCUGGUCCAGUACUAUGACAACGAGAAGAAGACAUGGAAGAUCCUCACCAGUGAGUAGUAGCCCUGUCUUUUACCUGAAGCUUCUUCUGUUAUAAGCAUAAAAAGAAUCAACGUUUUAUCAACAUCAUAUUUUAUAUUUUUUCAACAUGCUGACGUUGAACAUCAAUUGAUUUUUUGGUUGAAUUCACAAAAAGUCAUACACAGUUUAUGUCUAAUUUUAACCAGUUUUCAACCACGAAUCAACAACAGGAUUUCAAGGUUUGUUUCAAGUUUAAUGUUACGAGGCUUUGCCUUUAGUACAGGUUAAUUUUCAGAUAAAAUGAGGGAAGAGGGAAGAAGUUCCUCAAAUUCCUAGAGGUAAUGGUGUAUCACUAGCACUUUUAGUGUACGUUUUUAAUCAGAGCGUGACAUUACAGGCUCACCACCAUGGUGUGGAUCUUCCCUUAUUUUUGCUGAAAUCUCCUGGCAAAGAUGAAUGGCCAGAUUUAUAGGGGUUGACACACGUUAGGGCAAGUCAAGUCUGACAUUAGAAACUUUAGAAGUCUUUAUAAACCUUGAAUACACUACAAGUUUGCAUGUCCUGCUGUGCAACAAAAGAGUGAACAAAGUAGCCAUUUACACUCAUACCCGUGUACAGAUUGUAAAUUGCAGAUUUGGGCACUGAUAAACGCCUAAAUUGGAACGCAGUGGCUGUACAGUAACAUGCUAUACAUGAUGUUAGAGCUCUGGUUCUGUGCUUCACAGAGCUGUAUGGGUUUUGACUGACAGCCAUUCUAAACUUGAGUACCUUGCGCGACAAGAAGUUGCCCCCAUUUCUCCCAGUAAUUGGGCAACUUUUGCACAUUUUCUGUUGUCUGAGUGAGGGAAAUGCUGUAAAUUAAGAGGACUCUAUAUAUUUUGAAAGAUGAGACGUUGAGGAUUAUAAUAAAUACCGCUUUGAUGUCUGUAGCUCAGCUGGUAGAGCACGGCGCUUGUAACGCCAAGGUAGUGGGUUCGAUCCCCGGGACCACCCAUACACAAAAAAGUUUAAAAAAUUAUGCACGCAUGACUGUAAGUCGCUUUGGAUAAAAGCGUCUGCUAAAUGGCAUAUUAUUAUUAUUAUUAUUAUUUAUUAUAAAAGCAAGCCAAACACCCAUGAGUCCAAAUGUGCACUUCACAUUUCCAAAUCAUAAAACUCAUGUCAUAUACAGUGUCAAUGUUUAUGAUCACUAUGUUUGAUGUACAGUUACAAGAUGACAUGAUGUCACUCCCUGGAAUGUUUUGAACAGAAUGAGCCUAUUUUUGUUUAUUGUGAAGAAAAUAAGCUGCUGCACAAGCAACUGAAUGCACUCAUGACUCCUUUCUAUGCACACCAAAAUUACGAUCUGUUUCUCUGAAUUGCCUUGUGAAAGCCUAACACUGUAAUAUUCUAUUUUAUAACUUAGCUAGUCAUAUUGGCAAUAGAACAGGCUUUCAAAUGAUGCCCACCUGACCCAGUUGCAAUUUAUAAUGGACCGUUUUUGGAUUGUGUAAACAACAACAGUAAUUGUGGGAUGGUGGGGAUGCAGGGUUGUGUUCCAAACAAAACAACUACAAGUGUGCUUGCUCUAGUUCCUCAACAGCACAGCUAGGACAGCAAAAAAAAAAGUACCAUAUAGUUGAAGAUUCUUCUUUGAGUCAUAAAAGUGCAUGACUUACUAACUGUGCACACUUUGGAGAGAUGUGUGGCCACUUGGAUACACCAGUUAGUCCUCUCACUCAAACCCUUGUCAAUUUUGUGUCUUAUGUUGCACCUACCCCACAUUUUCCAGGAAUAGUCUUAUCAUGUUACUGAAUGUAUCCAGAGUAUUUUCACAGUUCGUUAUGAUCAAAUGCGACGAAAAGUACAGUAAAUGUAAAAUGCACAGAAAAUCAACAGUGUAAGGUUUGGAUUCAGUCUUGUGCCAGGUUGUGUCCAAACCUUUGGUGUAAUAAUUUCCCCAUAAACUGUUCCCUUUCAAUUGCUACCAUGAUUAUGAAUGUUCAUAUUUCUUCUGUAAGAAACAUUUCAAUUUAGCCUUAUCCAUAUAGGCCAAUCCCACGAGUGUAAAGGGUUAAGAUCCUACAUCUGUAAUACUUCUGAAAAUACAAAGAACAAGCUUUCUAUUACACUACUUGCCUCAACAUAUAGUGUUCUAUGCUCUCUCUCCCACCUGUCUAUGUUGACCUUUUGAGAGACACCACUAUAUUCUUGCCACAUUCCAUAGGUCAAACAAGUGCUAAUGGAAAACCUUAUCUGUCCUUUGCAUCAUCAUCAUCAUCUGUGUUCAUAUUGAGUUGUUGUCCUCUGGCCUGGCAGUGUGCAUCUCUCACUAAUGUUGCUCCAUUCAUACAUAUUAACCACUGGUCUACCUACCUACUGUCAUCUCCUAGACCUUGUACACUCUAUUCUCGCAAUACAAUACAACUUUAUUGUCCAUUUGUCACAACUGCUCUCAAUCAGUCCCCAUUCAACACACUAACAACACUUGUCUCACACAUGCCCAUAGUUAUUUCUGGUCCUGGUCUGAUGUUGCCAGUGUUAUUUACCAUGAUACCAUUUCAACACAUACCAUCUGUAGCUAGACAGAAUUGUAGCAGUGGUCCCAAAUAUUACGCACCUGUCUACUGUCUGUCAACACGCAAUAAGCUACAUUUCUGCUCUGUUAUCAUUAGUGUUACAUUAAUGGUAUUUUAACAUUUCCUCUUGAUUUUGUCAGCCAUGUUACCAAAACAGGCAUGCAUACACAACGACUUUCAGCCUCAUUGAUAUUUCAGUAUUGACAUUUUUCUCAUUAAAGCUCAUUGGUAUAAAGUGUAACAACCAAAAGGUCAAUGGGGAUUUCCAUUAUUCAAAACUAAAAGUUAACACUCAAAUGGUCCGUGUCCGUGUGGAAGAACAAAACUGCAAAAUCAUUCCCUUAACGUAACACAUCGAUGGCCACCUGAUGGAGCUGCUACACAAUAGAUGUGGAAUAGAGAAUGAUUAACAUUCAAUCAUAACUUUUCAAUGAGGCGAAGCCUGAGAGGGAUAGCGUUUGAUUAAGACAUUUAUCAACACAAUUUAGGGAGAGUCUGAUCCCUCUUGUCGCGUCAGAUCACUGCAGCUCGUCUGUUCUAGAAACUAGAGGAACUCUUGCUUGCCAUCUAGUGUACCUAUAGCACCGUGAAGAAGCAGGGAAGGGAAAGGAAUGGAAUGGAAGACAAAGACAGUGGCUCGGAUAAAGUAGUGACUCUGUCCACUGCUGCCUGAUUCUACAGUACCUGAGCCAACCUGGCAUUAACACCUCAUGGCUUCAAAAAUGAAUCUUGAUCUAAGCACAGUACAGAACAAAAGAAUGCAAUGUGGUGGGAUGCAUCACUAAUGAUGUUAGAUGGCUGUAGUAACGCAACGUUGAUUAGUGCAGUUGCCGUGGAGUCAUUCAGUCAACCCCAACCAAUGCUGAGGUGUCUGACUCCCUCUAGUGAGCCUGAGAGCUUACUGUAAAGUCAAGGCAAGGCCAAUUCGAAGGGAUUGGGUUUCUGCCACAUAGUGGUCUUACAGUUUAGGCUCCAGUGGUAAAUAUGGAACAAUUGAAACGGAUUUUGAUAUCAACAUCUAUGAACAUCAUGAUCCCUGAUUCAGAGAUGGAUCUUAUUUAUUUUCAGGCUGUAAUGUGCAAGACUAUCAGAAUAGGAAUAAAACAAAUGAAUUAGCCAACUUGAACAUAAGUUAUGGACAGUAAAACCACUGUUCUGAGUCUAUUUACCCUCAGUACCGUCUAAUUUACCCUCAGUGGAGUGCAAUGUUUUUUUUACAGUUUCAGAUGUUGUUUACUAUGAGCAGAAAUCACAACACAACAAAAAUAACCACUCAUUAACAUUUCUUAGCAUCUACUGAAUGAUAACAUUAAGGCAUGUAAGGAAGUCUGCCACCUACACCCUCUUGCCAUUGUGGUGCACUGAAGUCAGGGAGUAUAAUCCCCUUCCCUCAAGAUAAAGCUGUUAGUCCUCCUAUCUAUCUGAGGCUCUCCACCUUCAAUGGAAGACCUCUGCAAGUCACACACCCUUAUUGAAGAUAAAGCUCUGUUAGUCAGUCACUAUCUGUCUGAGCUAGACUCCCCUCUAUGAGUGGAAGACCUCCACAUGUCAGCCAGCCACAGCUAUUGAGAUUGCAGAGCUGAGGAGAGGAGAGGCCAAUCGUAAAGAAAUGAGAUUCAAGGCUGUCUAAUUUUACAGCAACUGCAAUCCAUCAGACUAGCGGGGAGGUGACAGUGGAAAUGACGGAUGGAGACAGACAGGUGGGCUUUACCAUGCCACUGAUUUACGCUCAAAAGCCCACGCACAGUACGGGCCUCUAGAUUUAUCGAGUGAACAUGAUUAUGUUCAUUAUGACUGUCACCUAAGACCAUUUCUCUCCAUCUCAAUGGGGGUCACUUUAGCAGGGGAAGAUGGAGGGGAGAGAGGGAUAGACUGGACCACCUAGACAUACAGACAGUAAACAGGCAGGGAGACCACCACCAGGUGCUGUAGUCAGUGUGGUGUAUUAUAUUGUAGUGUUGAUUGGGAGCGUUUGGCCCUGUGAGCUUCAUGCAGUGUGUUGUCGAAUGUGAAAUAACACCAAAAAUGUCUGAAUACUGGAUUAAAAGGAAUUGUUUUGAAUCUUUUGGUUGAUUUUGUGCUAGAAUUGUACCUUUGUUUAGAGUGCAAGUUACUGCUCUUUUCACACACAGUAUAGAGUUUUCACUGGAUGUCAUGUUGGCUUUAGCCAGUUGCUAACUCAAGUUCCACCUGUGACAUGGUGAGGUAGAACCCAGGAGCAGAGACGAGAACCAGAGGAGGAACCAGUGGUUUAGGAAAAAAUGUAAAUACUUUACAGGAAAACGUUCAACAGAAGGUACAAAGUAAAACUGGGAAAACAACCAUCACUAAGACUCGAACUCACUCAGGAGACAACGCACAUGGCAAACAAAUCAAGCUACUGCAAAGGGUGACAGAAAACACACCUCUCUAAAAGGAAAUCAUAAUUUGUAACAACACCGUCAUUAUAGUCUCUAGGGCGGUCUCUGCCUCCCUCUGGUGACAGGUGGAACCAUGACACCACCAUUCUGUGUCCUGCCAGUUUCUGACAUCCUCCACUGUUGUCUUGUGUCUCCCAGUAAUGCCUUACAACAGUGCCCAUCACUGUGUGGUGGAGGUGGAGAACUUCAUUCUACUGCUGGGUGGAGAGGACCAGUGGAACCCCAAUGGUAACAUCACUACAGAUACUACUACUAAUACCAAUACUAUCCAUGUAUAGUAUCUAUAUAUUUUAUUGCCACUCGACAUUGUUUGAAAGGAUAAGAGUGGCCAUAUUAACUGUUUAUGGAUCUUGAUUCUGGCAUGUAUUUUGCAGGAAAGCACAGCACUAAUCAUGUCAGCCGUUAUGAUCCACGAUUCAACAGUUGGAUACAACUUCCGCCUAUGCAGGAAAGGUAAGUCAAUGCAAACAAGAUUGACAAAAUAAUGCAAUACAAAUAGAUGUGGGAAUUAUUGUACUGAUUAUUAACACUGAAUUAUUGCAGUGUCUGAAUGUUAUAACCAUUCCAUACAAAUAGCUUAGCGGUUAGAGCGGUUAGGGCCAGUAACUGAAAGGUUGCUGGUUCUAAUACCCAAGCCGACAAGGUGAAAAAUCUCCAGGGGCGCCUUACUACUAUGGUUGACACUGUAAAGCAUCACAUUUCACAGCAGCUAUACAGUGUAUGGGACAAUAAAACAUAUUUUUUUACAUACAGAGGUUAUAACUGAGUUAUAACUUUGUCCACCAAGGCUUCCACCAUGCACACACACACACACACACAUGCACACACUCACACACAUACACACACACAUGCACACACACACACAUGCACACACACCCCCCUACACACACACUGUCCUGGAUGUUUUAAUGAUGUUGUCUGGUUGAUGCCUCCUCCUCAGGAGAGCCAGUUUCUUCGCCUGCUGCCUGGAUAAACACCUGUAUGUGAUUGGUGGGAGGAACGAGUCGGGCUACCUCUCCAGCGUGGAGUCCUACAACCUGGAGACUAACGAGUGGAACUACGUAUCCUCCCUGCCCCAGCCCCUAGCCGCACACGCUGGAGCAGUGCACAAUGGGAAAAUAUAUAUCUCAGGUCAGACCUCACUCAUUUUAUUUAACCUUCAUUUUACUAUGUUGUCCCAUUGAGGUCAAAAUACCUAUUUUACAAGGGAGACCUCACAGAUCAUCUCAAUGGAAAAUGAGUUCAUGCUGAAAAUGUAAAGCAAAAAAAUUACUAACUCAGACACAGUAAAAAUCUAUUGAUCUGGAGUAUCGUGAUUAGUGCAGGACUGCUAAAUAUCACCUAUCAAUGCAUACACAGACUCGUUGAUUUCCCUGCACACUCAGUCAGGCUGUUUCUCUUCAAAAGCAGAGUGAUGGGUCUAUUGAUCCUGACCCUUCCAUUCACAGCUAAUAAUAACGUCUUUAUGUGUGUAUCUGCUAUACCACUAUAGGUGGAGUCCAUAAUGGAGAAUACGUAUCCUGGCUGUAUUGCUACGACCCCAUCAUGGAUGUGUGGGCCAGGAAACAGGAUAUGAACACAAAGAGAGCCAUUCAUGCCUUGGCUGGGAUGAAUGACCGCCUCUACACUAUCGGGGGCAACCAUCUGAAAGGUAAGGACUGGCAUGUCUCAGCUACUCUAUUUUUUGCACAUAGACAAUUAAUGAAUGUGGAGUAGAAGAUGGAUCAUCUGAAUACUAGUAUUUCCUCUUCAGGAUGCUGUCCACCAAUGCAAAAUUGUAUUCAAUAGCUUGACCCAUAUAGCCAUAUGACCCCAAUAGCUUGUCCUCAGCUGAGCAUUAUUCUAGGAAUAUUGCAGUGUGGAAAAUCACAAUGAGGGUUUCUCAUCAUGUUUCCUUUCUGCUGUGCUCAGGUUUCUCUCACCUGGACGUGAUGCUGGUGGAGUGUUAUGAUCCCAAAGCGGACCAGUGGAACAUCCUCCAGACACCAAUCCUGGAGGGACGCAGUGGCCCCGGCUGUUGCAUCCUGGACGACAGCAUCUUCCUAGUGGGAGGAUACAGCUGGAGCAUGGUAAAGGCUAAUUUCACUAUCUUUAUCCUACAUUAACGCUAUACCGUAUGUAUGAUUGUGUGUGAGUAUGAAGUUGCUUGUUUUAAAAUCACAAUAGCUUAGGGUAUGUAGGCCUACAGUAUGGGUUUAGGAAUACCAACAACCUGUUGGCUAGAUUAGUUUCAGUCCUGAUAGAGACAACCGUAGGUGGGACACUGUGAAAUACCUUUAAAUGACCUUGAAAGAAUUGCCCUCAUAGACACAUGUAUGAAUGAAUAUAAUAACGAUGUCUCAACUGCUGUAUUGCAGGGAGCCUACAAGUCUUCCACCAUCUGCUUCAGCCCAGAGAAGGGGACCUGGACAGAGCUGGAGGGAGAGGUGGCCGAGCCCUUAGCAGGCCCAUCCUGCUCCACUGUCACAUUGCCUGCCUGUCUGCCCUUCAAUAAAUAA